AUGGCCAAUAAUCCAGCUUCUGGAACCUCCCCAUUGGACUGGCUCAUUAAUGCAAAGGAGAUGUAUCUCCAGACUGAAAAUCGCGCUUUCACCCAUGAAUCAGCUUGGAAUAUCGUCAAGGACGCGCCGAAGUGGAAGAAAUUGAUGACUGGACACACAAAAAACGGUGCUCGGCCCUCUCCACGCCCUUCAUCCCACUCAGCAGCAAACUCAACAUCCGCUGAGUCACCUUCGCUCUCAGCCAAAUCCCUCCUCUACACCUCAAGGCGCCGAUGA